AUGCUGUAUCAACAUGACGGUGGUGCAAGUAUUAGUAUUGAAGUUCCUCCCUCGACUUUCGGAUCACAACAUAUCGAGUCGAGUCGAGCGAAUGCUCCAACUUGCUACGAUUCAUCACAAAAUGUUCAACAACAAUCAUCUAUCCAAGGAGGAUUCAAACCAUUGGAGGCCAAGAAGGUUGGAUGUCUUCCAGUUACCAUCGCAAUUUUAUUGAAAACGAUUGCAGAAGAACGUCAACGGUACUGCAUUUGGAUUUUCACCAUCCUGGUUGCACUUGUCUUAACCUUAAUUCCAAGUAUCAUGUCCAUUGUUUUUGCUGUCAUGAUGCCAGGAGGAGGUGAACAACCAAUUCCAUUUCAAACACAAACGAUUGGUAAAUUUACCAUGUUUGGUAGAGUCCUCAAAAAGUAUAAUUGGGAUCCAUCCGUUGCUACUACUUGUUGUUCACCUUCUGCGGGUCGAGAUGAUGGAGGAAUCACUCUCAAAUGUCCAAAUCAGGAUUACAAUUUUGGUAUUCAAUACGAUCGUAUGGCAUUUAUGAAUACGUUUGGAUAUAUUAAUGACAGUACUGUGAUGGACCAAUCGAGUGGAAUUGUUCAAUAUAUUCCUCACAUGUGUAACAGUGUGAAUGAUCGUGCACCAUGUAAAAUGACUCCUCUUCUACUUCCAAAUAUGGAUAUACAAAGAAUUAUUGAUAAUCAAUUUAUGAAUGUCAAUCCAUGGCAGUAUCCAAAUGUUUCAUUCUUCUCUGGAGUAUUGAAAGUGAAUGAAAUGACAGAAGAUUCCAACAAUUUGAAAGCCUCCUUUGAAAUUACCUCUUAUAGUAAGACAAUUUAUUCCAAUUUUUAUACAACAUUGUUGAAUGCCACCAAUUAUUAUCUAAUGAAUCGUGGUGGAGGUAUGAGCAAAUCUCAAAUAAUUCAAAGUAUAGGAAUUUCCCAAUUUGUAUCUCAAGCGACAUCCUCAACGGUUUCUCUCGUGACCUUUAUUUUAAUUCCCAUUUGCCUCUCUUUAAUGUUACCUGUAUUUAUUGAUGUCUUUAGUAUCGAUAGAAAGAGUGGAAUGAUGGAAUUUAUUGAAUUGUAUGGAGUGAGCUAUACACAUCACUAUUUGGUAAAAACUCUCUUUUAUUAUGGAAUUUAUGCCAUCUAUGCGGCUUUUCAAAUAGUACUUGGAUGUGCCGUAAAGAAUGAAUUUUUUAUUGCUACCAAUCCUGCCAUUUACAUCUUUGCACUACUUAUUUGGGGAGUUACACUUAUUGCCAUUGCCAAUGUUAUUUCACUCUUCAAGACAGAUGCAACAUAUUUCAUUGGUUAUUUAUUGAUUUCAUUUGGAUUGGGUGGAUCCAUUGCUGUGGUCAUGGUGUUUGGUGCUACUAUUUUACCAUAUUAUACCAUGCUUGUUCCAUCCAUUGCCUUCAUGAGAAUUCUCUUUUUAAUGAUGACACCAACCAUGAUUGUUCAAGUGGAAGGAUCAUUGGAUGAACAAGUUUUAAUUGCCUUUGCAUUCCUUACUGCUAUCACUAUAUUACUUGUUUUGGUAGUUCCUAUUUUUGGACUAUUAAGAUCCCUUAUGAAAAGAAUGAAUAGAAUAAUUCAAUUAGCAAAACAACGAAGAAAACAACCAAAAGGACCACCCACGGAAACAACACGUAUUCUUUCUUCCAAUUCAUCGUCCAUUCACUCCUUACAUAAUGAAAUCAAUGCAGAUCUUGAUAAAGUUGCCGAUGACACCGUUCUCAGAGAAUUACAACUUGUUGAAAGUAAUCAAAAUAUUGAGAAUCACUUGGUGGAAGUGAGGCAUUUGGUGAAACGUUUUGGCGAUAAAAUUGCUGUGAAUGAUGUUACGUUUGCCAUUGCGAGAGGAAGUUGUUUCGGACUACUUGGUAAUAAUGGAGCUGGUAAAACCACAACUGUUCAAUGUAUUUUGGGAUUAGCUUCACCCUAUGAAGGUACUUGCACAUUGUCUGGAGUGGACAUAUCCAAUAUCAACACAAGUAUUCUCUCCUCCAAGAUUGGAUUUGUACAACAAUUUGAUAACUUUUUCGACAUUACUGUUUUGGAUCAACUCAAAUUCUUUGCUCGCAUUAAGGGAAUUCCACACAAACAAAUUAAUUCUCAUGUCGAUGAAAUAUUACAGAGUGUUGGUUUAACAGAAGCAAGACGUAGAAAAUGCAAAGAUUUAAGUGGUGGAAUGUCUCGUCGUUUAUCAUUAGCAAUUGCCAUGUUAGGAGAUCCAGAAUUGCUAAUUUUAGAUGAAUUGACCAAGUCCUUAGAUCCUCUCACCUGUGAUGGUAUUCAUAUGAUCCUUAAAAACUACAUGCAUAAUAAGAAGAAGGCAAUUUUAUUAUUGACUCAUUCCAUGGAAGAAACUGAAAUUUUGUGUGAUAAGGUUGCCAUUUUAGUGAAUGGAGAACUCAAGACCAUUGGGACACUUCAUGAACUAAAAACCAAAUAUGGAAGAGGUUACAAAUUGAAUGUACAGACGAUGGAUGCCUCUCAUAAUAACGUUGCACGAGAUUAUAUCCUUAAUGAAUUGAUCAUGAAGGAAGGAGUUCCCGUUCAGAAUAUUUCUCAUGAACACUCGUUUGGUAACAAGUUGGAAUUUCGUAUUCAUACCAAUCAUUAUGGAAGUUUAGAGGAUUCCAUUCAUUCCUCAAGUAAUCAGAAAAGUAUGGAGGAUGAGUUGGCAAGUACUCACUCGAAAGGUUCUUCAGCAAAGGCAAUUUUACAAAGUUUGUUCAAGAUCAUGUCUUGUCCUGAAGCCCGACGUGCUUUCAUUGUGGAUUGGACUUGUAAUAUGGCUUCCUUAGAAGAAGUAUUCAUUCGUAAGGUCAGACAUCAAUAUGAACAUGUGGAUGAGACUCAUUGA